UUUUUUUUUUCUGAUAAAUGCCUCUUUAUUCGUCUUCCUUUUGUUCUUGUUCCUCAUCUUAGUCUAGCACCUCCUCCUUCCUUCUGCUACGUUGCCAGCGAUUUCCACCAAUACCACCUUCAUCAAUCUCCUUCAACCCGUAAAGCGGAACUUGAAAAAGUUCCAGCAGCCACUUCCACCAAGACAAGACCCAAACUAGUGUCUUCAUCGUCUAACUUGAUAUGGAUGUGCCUUCGUCAUCUUCUUCCAAAACCCAAACAGUUACUUCGUCAUCAUCUAGUUCACCCUCUAACUGGGAACAUGAUGUCUUCCUCAGUUUUAGGGGCGAGGACACCCGCAAUAGUUUUACAGACCAUUUACACUAUGCUAUGAACCAGAGAGGAAUCGACACAUUUCGAGAUACCGAAAAGCUUCAGAGGGGGAAAUCCAUUUCACCAGAACUUCUGAAAGCAAUAGAAGAGUCCAAGUUUGCAGUUACCGUUCUUUCAACCAACUAUGCUACUUCAACUUGGUGUCUGGAUGAACUUGCGCAUAUUCUUGAAUGCAAGAAACUGAGGGGACUACAAGUUCUUCCGGUUUUUUAUCAUGUAGAACCAUCUGAGAUAAGGAAGCAAACUGGAAACUAUGGCAAGGCUUUUGCUAAGCAUGAGAUACAUUUCAAGGACAAUAUGAGAAAGGUGGACAAGUGGAGGAAAGCUUUAGAGGAUAUAGCUGGUCUCUCCGGAUGGCAUGUGACAGAGGAUAGGAGAGAAUCAGAAGUUAUUCAAGAAGUAGUUAAUCAGAUUCUAAAUGUACUGAACAAAAUGUUAUCCGUUCCUGAAAGAGAGUUAAUCGGAAUGGAUGCCCGUAUAAUAGAAAUAGAGUCUCGCUUGGAUCUAGAGUCAAAUGAUGUUCUUACCGUAGGGAUUUGGGGGAUGGGGGGAAUUGGUAAGACAAGUACUCUUGCUAAGGAAGUAUUCAAAAAGAUCUGUAACCAAUUUCAUCCUAGCGGCUUCGUUUCCCAAGUUAGAUUGCAAUCUGAAGUUGAGUUGCAUCGACAUCUCUGUGAAUCCUUUUUGGGGGAUGGCAAUAUAAAUAUCGACACCAGUGAAAAAGGGAUCAAGUUAUUGAAGAAGGCACUGUAUAAGAAAAAGGUGCUUAUUGUUCUGGAUGAUGUUGAUGAAUUCAAACAAAUAGAAUGUCUAGCACCUGGAGGCCCGCUUGGAGAGAAUAUUUGGGGUGGAGGGAGUCGACUGAUUAUAACAACUAGAGAUAGGAGCCCAUUGAGAAACUUUAAUGUACAAGAAAAUAAAAUAUAUGAGGUUGAAAAACUGAGAGAUGAGGAAGCUUUUCAGCUGUUAUGUCAGAAAGCCUUCAAGAAAGACAAUCCCCCAGAAGAGUUUGUAGCGUUGUCCAAGAGUUUUCUGCAAUAUGCUAGUGGCCUUCCUUUAGCUCAUGAAGUUCUAGGGUCAUACUUGUCUAGACUAAAGGUAGAUGAAUGGUCAGAGAUAUUGCAUAGACUAGACGAUGAUCAAGAUAAAGACAUUUUCAGUGUGCUUCAAAUAAGCUUCGAUGGAUUACAGGAUACAGAUAGGAAAAUAUUUUUGGACAUUGCAUGUUUCUUCAAUGGCGAGGAUCAUGUCCGUGUAAAGAAUAUAUUGAAAGGUUGUGGCUUUUCUUCCAGAAUAGGUAUAAGCAACCUCAUUGACAAGUCUCUGAUUAAAAUUGAAAGAAAUAAACUGUGGAUGCAUGAUUUACUACGGUGCUUGGGUUGGCAUAUUGUUCGUGGAGAAUCUUCUUUUCCAGGUCAACGUAGCAGGUUGUGGCUCAAUGACAAUGUACACAAGUACGAAGGCAGAGGGUCAUGGCGUUUUGAGGAUGCUCGUAGCGUGCUCAUGGACAAUACGGGGACAACUACUGUUGAAGGCUUAUUCUUAAGCUUGCCUGAAAAAGAAGAAAUGCCAUUGGAAGAUGACCCGUUCUUAACUAUGGGCAACCUACGAUUGCUGAAGAUUUGUAAUGUAAAUUUUCUGGAUGUGCACUUCAGAUAUGUCUCUAAGAAUUUACGACUUUUGGAAUGGCACGAAUGCCCUCUAGUAUCUCUGCCAUCUAGUUUUAAAUCGGACAAGUUGGUUGAAUUAAAGAUGCCUAACAGCCGCAUUGAACAACUAUGGAAUGAAACGCUUUCUCUGAAAAUGCUUAUACUCAUGGAUCUUUCUGACUGCAAGUAUUUAACCAAGACCCUGGACUUCAGUAAGAUCCCAAAGCUUGAGAAAUUGAUCCUUAAAGGUUGUAUAGAGUUAUUGGAGGUUCACCCUACUAUUGGGGAUCUCCAACAUUUGGUUUUAUUGAACUUGAAAGGUUGUGAAAGUCUAGAGAACCUUCCUCAAUCCAUCAGGUUGAGAUCUCUUCGAACUUUUAUUCUUUCGGGAUGUUCAAAACUCAGACACUUUCCAGAGAUUGUGGGGAACAUGGAUACUUUAUCAGAACUUUAUUUAGAUGGCACGGCUAUACGGGAGCUGCCUGUAUCAAUCCAGCAUUUGGAAGGCCUCAUUUUACUUAAUCUAAGUGGGUGCAGGAACCUUCUCAGUCUUCCAAGCAUCCUUUCUAGUAGUUUGACAUCACUGAAAUUUCUCUAUCUGUCACUAUGCUCACGUAUGGACAGACUGCCGGAUAACAUAGGCUGCUUGGAACACUUGGAGGAGCUUGAUGCGUGUAAUAUUGCUAUAAGAAAAGUGCCCGAUUCCAUUUUUCUCCUCAAGAAUCUUAAAUUAUUGUGUUUCCAUGGCUGUGCUAGAUCCACAGGCUUAGAGUUGCCAAGCAAGUUCUCAGGUUUAAGAUCUUUGACAACACUAAACCUAGGUGGAUGUAAUCUCGCAGAAGGAGCAAUCCCCAAUGACAUUGGUGAUUUAUUCUCACUGCAGAGUCUGGAUUUAAGUGAGAACAACUUUUUCACCAUACCUGAAAGCAUCUCUCAGCUUUCUGAGCUUACAGAAAUUUCUCUGUUUAAGUGUAGCAAACUAUGGACGUUACCAAAAGAUCUUCCGUCAAGUCUAAGAAAUUUAAAUGUACGUGGUUGUCCUAUGCUGACAAGUUCUUCAUCUAGUUGGAGGAGAUAUCCGCCUCAAAAGGGUUUGAGUAUCAUAAACUGUCGAAAACCAGAGGAGGAUGAAAUCUUUCCCGAACUCUAUAAGUUUCGUUUGGGAAAUCUGGAAGAACUCGAUCUUUCCAACUGCCAACACUUGAAGAAGAUCCCUGACUUGAAUGGGGUUCCAAAUCUUAAGAAAUUGAACCUUGAAGGUUGUGAAAAAUUAUCAGAGGUUCACCCAACCAUUGGGUGUCUCCAACAUUUGGUGUUUCUGAAUUUGAAAGGAUGUGUAAAUCUAGAGAGCCUUCCCAGUUCUAUCAGCUUGAAGUCUCUAAACAUGUUUGUUCUUUCGGGAUGUUCAAAGCUGAAAGAGUUUCCAAACAUUAAGGGAGAAAUGAACAAUUUGUCACAACUGCAUUUAGAUGGGACGGCGUUAAGGCAUCUGCGAAUUCCGAUGAUGCAUUUGAAAGGCCCAAUUUUGAUAAAUCUGUCAGGCUGCAGGAACCUUUUGACUGUUCCAAUCCUAUUCAGUCUAAAAUCUCUCAAUCUAUCACGGUGCUCAACUAUAUUCAAAUUGCCACCGAGCCUGGCAUACAUGGAACAUUUGGAGGAGCUUGAUGCCUCUGAAACUGCUAUAACAGGAUUACCCCAGUCCAUUUUACUCUUGAAGAAACUUAAAGUGUUAUCAUUCUGUGGAUGCAAAGGUUUGCAAUUGCCUAAAUGGUUCUCGGAUUUAAGCUCUUUGACAUCAUUAAAUCUACGGAGGUGUAGUCUAGCAGAAGAAGUCCUUGAUAGCCUCUACAGCUUAUCUGCUCUGCAGAUUUUGGAUUUGAGUGAAAACAAUCUUUCGAUCAUACCUAGUGGAAUUGGUCGCUUAUCCUCUUUGAAGCUAUUGAAUUUGAGUGAGAACAAUUUUGACAAUAUACCAAAUGAAAUCGGUCACUUAUCCUCUUUGCAGGUCUUAGAUUUGAGUGAAAACAGCUUCAUGAGUAUACCUGAUGAGAGCAUCUCUCAUCUUUCUGAGCUGACAGAACUACGCUUGUUUAGAUGUAGUAAGCUACAGUCCUUGCCGAAUAAUCUUCCCUUCAAUCUAAAACAUGUCCAUGCACAAGAAUGUGCUAUGUUGAAGAAUAACGCAGAUACUUUGACAAUAUGGGCAUCUGGAAAGGGGUUCUGUUUCAUAAAUUGCAGACAAUCUGACCAGGAUGAUGGUCAGCCAAAUCACCUCCCAGUUCCAGUUCCCAAAGACCGUAUUGAACUACUCUUUCCUAUAUACAUUGAGGACCGAGUUUAUGGCAAAAAACCAUUUGAAAUUCGCUUUCCACAUUCGUGGAGUACAGGACUGAGUGCCGGAAUUCCAAAUUCGUGGAGUCGUUGGAGAAAUGGCCCUUCCGUGACAAUCCCACUCUCUGAUGGUAACAGUACGUGGAUGGGACUUGCUCUUUUUGUUGUUUUUGAUAUCCUUGAGCAAGACAUUUUCAACAAGAGCUGGGAAUCGGAGGAGACAGUCUGUGAUUUUCACACCGAUGUUGGGCAUGAUACUUCCCUAGUUUUUCAAAACUUCAUAGACUUCAGGACUGGGUCAUAUGGUCUUAGUUGCUAUGAACCACGUGGUGGGCAAUUUAGUGGGUUGUUCGAUAAACCAAGUUCACGACUUCGAGCUUCAGUUUCAACAAAGAGACCAAAUUUAAAAGUUAGAGGUUGUGGGAUACAUCUAAUAUCAGAGGAAUAUGCUGCAGAGUUUGUUAAAAGUAUAGCAACUCAGACUACUAAUUCAACUCAGAGUCAUCUUGAUUCCAAUUUUGAUCGACAUUGCGAGGACAUAUUAGAUGAGGAAACAACUGGUGCCCUGAUAGAACAGGGAUCUACUAAUUCAACUUUCAAUGAAGAUAGCUGCAGCAAAGUUAACUCUAAGAUCAAACUCAGAGGAGAGCUGUCGAUACUCUAUGAGGGAAGCAAGGGACGUCAGAAGAGUUUCCACUUUUGCUUUCCUGCUUCAGUAAUUUCAACCCUGCCUUGGUUCUUCCAUCACCAUGCAGGGGAUGUAACAUUGUGUUACAUCACUAAAAACUUACUUGAUGAUCAGAGAUGGGUGGGAUUAGAACUAUAUGUUCAAUUUUCUCGGUGUACAUCUACUUCGACAUCUGGCAAUAGUAGUUUUUUCUUUUAUGUUGAUUUAUGCUCUCAUGAUCAUGGAAGUAUGGUAAUGCACGGAUCCCUCAAGAUAAAGAGUUGUGUUGGGACCUCAGAUCAACUUGUUGUAUUACAUGUACCACGUGUUCAUUUUCAACAACAGUUGAAUCAAUGUCAGGGUAUCAGCGCAUUGUUCAGAACCAUUAAUGCAGAAAUGGAGGUCCAAGUGUGUGGAAGCCGUUUAGCAUUUGAGCAUGAUUUGGAAGACUUGACCCAUUCAUUAACUGCUGCUGCCAGCACUUUGGGGCAACAUGUCCUCACUCAACUAUGUUCCCAGGCCCAACCUGUUGAUCGACGCAAUGCAGAGGAAGCAGAAAUGCCCAUCAAUUGCUGUUCCUGGUUUAGAAGAAGUACUGCACUUGUACUACCAGAACAAGCUCCUUCUUCUUCAAUUGGGCGGCUGCGAAAUCAUAGAUGCUAUCUCCAGCAACAGCAAGGUUUUGGGGAGUCUGACCUUACCCAAUUGGUCCACUCCAGAUCAGUAACAUUACUCCACUCGAAAAGCCUUUUGGAAAACAGGGAUAGAAACCAUGAAAACGUUGCCGAAGAAGAUAAAUCGUUGGUGUUGGCUCGUCAUCAUGUACAUAUAAUGGCUGAGACUCAACUUCAGGGAAGAUAUAGUUUACCACGGUGGAAGAGAUGCCUGAAGUUGUUGCUUCGACAGUCCAAGGUGGCUACUCUCAGUCUUUGUGGACACGCAAUUUCAGCUUUCAAGAAUUUUGAUCCUUUCUCCCCAUACAAUAUUAUUUGUUUCUCUGACAAGGAAAUUCCAGUGUGGUUCAAACAUGAGAUGUCAUAUCAGAUGUCUUCUAGGUCUAGGGUGGGAAUCAAACUACCUCCAAGAUUGCACGAGGAUGAGAACUGGAAAGGACUUGCUAUAUGUGUUGCGUUUGAAGUUCAUGACCAGCGUCCAACUACCUCCCCGGUCAAACUUCUCUGUCACUUGAGAGCCAAGGACAACUAUUGCUUGAAUCAUAUCCCUAUGUGUUGCAUCAAUGAAGAGAAACUCAAGUCGCUGCAUCUUGGUAGAUUCAUUUGGCUAACCUACAUUCCCCGUAUUUUGCUAACGGAGUUCAGUGUGAUUAGUGAUGUAGAGGCCAGAAUUUAUGUUAGUUGCAGAGGCUUGACAGUAGAGAAGAGUGGUAUACGUCUCUUGUACAGGCAAGAAGAGGGGGAGUUUGAGAACACAAUAACCGAGUGCUGGACAUCUUUCUUUGAUAAUCUGUCUUUCAUCCGUCAACUAGUAGAAGCAGAUGAUCAAAAUAUUCAACCAUGGAUAAGACAUGAACUUCCGAUGCUUGAAGGUCAUAUCAAGGUCUUUGAACCGGAUUUAAUAUAUAAUGCAAUCCCCCCGUCUAAUGAAAUUCCGGAGUGGUUCGGGCACCGCAUUGAGGACCCCUGGGAUGCCAGCUGUGGCUGGCAAUUCCAGUUACCACCACCUUUGAGUGACACAAAUUGGAUAGGAUUAGCUCUCUUUGUAUCAUAUCGUAUUAGCAGAAAUUAUUUGCAGGAAAGUGUUUUGUACCCCUUUAUUAUAUCAUUGAAAACUGAGAAGAAUGGUUUGUCCUCUCUCCAUCGGUAUCAAAUGAGCAAUGAAGAAUUUGAGUUCCUAAAGCGCUGUUGUACUGUGCAUCGUGAAUUUUUCUGGCUCUCCUACAUACCACGACGCUGGUUUCUACAUCAGCUAAAUGAUGAGUCUGUCCUCAUAGUUUUAUCUGGUCUGAACUGCUGGACGCCGGACAUGGUCUAUCUUCGUUUUGUGUAUGCGGAUGAGGUGGAAGAGUUUAAGCAGCUCUGUUUCAAUCUUCAUCGACCCCCUGCCCAACAGUAAAACAAUUAGGUUCACGGAAUAUGGGUUGUAUUUCUUGUACUAUACCUUCAAUUAAUUUAUCAAGACAUUUGUUUAGCAGAGAUGGACGUUGAAACUUCUAAAGACCCUCCGAGUAUCCUUCACCGGCCGUGGGCCUUGUGCAUAUGCAAUUUGGACCG